CAAAACCCAACCCAACCAAAACCGGAAGCACAAACUCCCUUUCCCCUCCCUCGCUUCCCUUUCCGCCAUUUCGUCGAACACCUCCUGCGAUCGCGCGCCGCCGCCCAUGGCGGAGCCCUCCGACGUGGAGGCAGCGGCAGCGGCAGCGGCGGCCGUCUCGGCGAUGCUCCUGGAGCUCGCGGCCGAUGACGACGCGGCGGCGCUCGGGGAACUCCUCGCCGCGCACCCGUCCCUCGCCGACGAGCCCGCACCGUGGUACUCUCCGGCGCGCGGGGCGGAGCCCAUGACCCCGCUCAUGGUCGCCGCCGCCUACGGGUCAGUGGCUUGCCUCGACGUCCUCCUUUCGCCGCCCCACCUCGCUGAUCCCAACCGCGCCUCCUCGUCAUCCCUAUCCACGCCGCUCCAUCUCGCCGCGGCCGGGGGCGCCGCCUCGUCUCCCGCCGCCGUCUCCCGCCUCCUCGCCGCCGGCGCCGAUCCCACCCUCCUCGACCACCUCCACCGCCGGCCGUCCGACCUCGUCGCUCUGCCCCCCAACUCGCUCCCCCUCAAGAACCACCUCCUCUCCCUCCUCGGCGCCCGCAAGGAGUGGCCGCCGGACCCCUCCCUCCCCGAUAUCAAGAACGGCGCCUACGCCUCCGACGACUUCCGCAUGUACUCCUUCAAGGUGCGCGCGUGCUCGCGGGCCUACUCCCACGACUGGACGGAGUGCCCCUUCGUCCACCCUGGCGAGAACGCGCGGCGGAGGGACCCGCGCAAGUACCACUACAGCUGCGUGCCGUGCCCGGAGUUCAAGAAGGGGGCCGGCUGCCGGAGAGGGGACAUGUGCGAGUACGCGCACGGGGUGUUCGAGAGCUGGCUCCACCCGGCGCAGUACCGGACGCGGCUGUGCAAGGACGGCGUCGCGUGCGCGCGCCGCGUCUGCUUCUUUGCGCACACGCCGGAGGAGCUCCGGCCGCUGUACGUCUCUACGGGGUCACGCGGAGCGAUGGAGAUGGCGGCGGCGAUGGGGAUGGGGCUGCCGUCGCCGGGGGCAUCGUUCACGCCGCCGCUGUCGCCGUCCGGAGGGGGCAGCGGCGUCGCGGGCGCGUGGCCACAGCCCAGCGUGCCGGCGCUGUGCCUGCCCGGGAGCGCCGGGAACCUGCACCUGAGCCGGCUGCGCACGUCGCUGAGCGCGCGCAGCAUGGCGGUUGACGAGCUGCUGGCUGCGGCGGACUACGAAGGUCUGGUCGGGUCGCCAGCUUCCGUGCGGUCGGCCAGGGGAAAGACACUCGUGCCGUCAAAUUUUGACGAUCUGUUCUCCGCUGAGAUGGCAGGCGCCGCGGCGUCUCACUCGCCGCGGUACGCAGACCAGGGCGGCGCUGCUUUCUCGCCGACACGCAAGGCCGCCAUGCUGAACCAGUUCCAGCAGCAGCAGAGCUUGCUAUCUCCUCGGGCCACGGCGGCCGCGGUUAUCCCAGAGCCAGUGUCUCCGAUGAGCUCCCGGCUGCUCGCAGCCCUUGCGCAGCGGGAGAAGAUGCAGCAGCAGACGCUGAGAAGCGUGAGCUCUCGAGAGCUUGGCUCGGGCGCCUCCCUCCUGGUCGGCUCACCAGUGGGCUCUAGCUGGUCCAAAUGGGGAAUUCCUUCCGGCACCCCAGAUUGGGGUGCCGACGAUGAGGAGCUCAACUGCCUCAGGCGGUCCUCGUCGUUUGAACUCCGGAGCGGUGCGAACGGCGAUGAGCCAGACCUUUCAUGGGUCAAUACCCUGGUGAAGGAGCCAACGCCGGAGAAGCCGUCCAUCAACGGGACGACAGCAAUGGAGUCCAUUGGCACUUUGGGUCAGACAGCAAGUCAUGAUGAAAUUGGUGCUGAGGACCACACCGCUCGGGUCAUCGGCGGCUGGCUUGAACAGCUCCAGCUGGAUGAGAUGGUAGUCUAGAAAAAACACAAACACAGAUGAAACAAGAAAGGUGUCAAGGUUUCCACAAUUCUCCACGAGAAAUGGAGGAGUUGAAGCCUGGUCAAUUUGUAUCGAAUUGCCGGCUUGGCCAGGUGAAAAUUCUCUCCCUGUAUUUCUCCCUGUACCUUCCUUCCAUCUUUUGCUGAUCAUUCCCAAAGGUGACCUCGUCUCUCUGAGGACUGUGAAUUAUGUUUGGUAGCACUAGUGUCUACUUGCCCCCAUCCUAUGCUUCUUGUGAAGGAGUAUGAAGGGAGAGGAGCCUUUCUUGCAUCAAAUGCUUCUGAGGCCUGUCAUGGCUCAUGAUUGUUGUAUACACCCUACUCGGAACCGGCUUCUCUAACCUGAUGUAGGGAAGGCCGGGUGAACAGUAAUCAUGACGUUUUUGUGUGAACAGGGCGCAGGAACAGUUGUCCGAUAAACAAGAAGUCCACAGACAUCGCCCAUGUACAGUACCCUGUGAGCAGUGAUCCAAUGAACAAUAACACGGUGACCAGUGACUUACAGCAAAUCACUGUUUAUCAAGACACAUAAUACUGUUUGCGUUAGUGUUCACUGGUGCCUUUCCUUCAGGAGGUUCCACCCUACUGUUGUACCACUACUCAAUUCGUGACUGAUGUAAAGUGCCCUACUGUUGUUGUUGAACUCAGAAUCCAUGAUUUGUGUAAAAUGCCUUUAUUGUUGUAGUAACAAGGUUAAGCUAUUCUGUUCCUUAAAAUACUACAAAAAUGACUACAGGUGUGUGCUGAUGCAUCUUUGCAACAUCACAUCACUUA